GGCACGGUCCGGCACGGCACGGCCACGGCCGGCGGGCCCGGGCGCCCGCUCCCCGCUGCGGGUGCGCUUGGAUGGGGGACACCGACACGUCCCCGGGGCCGCCAGCAGGUCCCCAGGACCACCGUGCCGGGGAGAGGAGGCGUUUCCCGUUCUCCCAGCGAUGUUUUGGCUCAGGGGCGGCAGAGGAGGCAGCCGGGGAGGAGCAGCACCUUUGGGUGCUGUCCCCAGCACCUCCCCUGUCCAAUCCCGGUGGGAAGCGGCUCAGCACUCCCAGCGCGGCUUCUCAGGGCAGGCAGCGCCACCUCGGCGGUGUCCCAAAGGCAGGAGGGGCUGUCCCGUGCUCCCAUCCCUCAGGGACAAUCAGGGACAGUGCGCGGCAUCUUCCCCCCGUGCGCUCCCUUGAGCCCCGGCACAGCCAGCGGACCCGGCGCCGGCACCGCCACCCGAUGCCGAGGAAAGCUGGGCAAAGUCCGGGCCCGAUCAGAUUUAGGGAAAAUCCGAGCUGUGCCGGGCUCUGCGGGGCUCCAGGCCGGGGUGGGGGUCUCGGCGAGACCCUUCAGUGCUGGCAGCGCCGUGGCUCUGGCGGGGGGUGACGGGGGCGUGCCGGCUCUGGGCUCCGUCCGGCGUUCCCGGUCUCUGCUCCGGUUCUCCGCGCUGGGAUGCGGCAGCCGGCGGGUCCCGGCAGCAGCGCGGGCACCCCGGGACAGCUCGGUGACACCGCGCAUUCGGCGUGGGGCUGCUGCGCUCCAGCCGGGCCCUGGGAAGCAGGCGGGAGAGGCGAGGAGAAGGGGGAGCGGCGCAGCCUUCAGCCGUCCCCCCGCUGGCAGUCCGGACAGACGGACGGGAUGGAGCGAGGCGGCAAGGACGGGGUUCAGGGGACGUGGCGGAGCGCCCUGUUUUCCAGCAUCCCCUGGGCGCAGCGCCGCCGGGAUUGGAGGUGUCCGGGGGUCCGGGCCGAGGUUCUGGCGGUGCCGGUGCCGGUGCCAGGGGAUCCGUCCGGGCACGGGCAGGGCGCGGCGCCGCCUGGCACGGCGCUGGAGCAGCUCGCGCCUCCAGCUGGCGCGGGGCCGACAGGAGCCAGAUUUAGUUUCCUGUGACUGAGAGGUUGUAAAUUGAACUAAUUUAGGAUUCGAUAGGAAAACGAAAGGAGGUCGGCGGCAGCGCGGAGGGGGAGGGGGCGGCAGCGUCCGGGCAGUGCCUUUUGCCCCGGCCGUGGGGCUCCGUCCAUGCUAGCUCUCCACUCCUCUCCACUCCCUUCCCUCCUCUCUCUCUCUCUCUCUCUCUCCCACCUUUCGCUCUUUCUUCACCUCAUUUUUUUUUUGUUAUUUUUUGGAGCUGUCUCUCCCUCCCCGCUCCUUCUCUAUCCCCGCUGCUGGCCCUGCACGAUGGCACAGCUUCGCCCGCGCUCCCGGCCGGCAGCGCCGGGAGGGGGACAGGGUCGGGGGCCGCUGCUCGAGGCCACUCCUCGGUGCCAGGCGGUGGUCCCGGGAGGACUUUUCCUCCCCCGAUCUCGUGGCCACGAGCUUCCCAGGCUGCCGUGGGCAAUCCGGCGCGGCUGCAUGGGCCGCGCCACGCAUGUGCUGCAUGGCCAGCGCCGCUUCCUCGGGGCAUCCCGCUGCUCUCUCCGCUCCGCCGCCCACACGAAGCCCGUCCGCCCCGGGCAGGGCUGCUCCGCUCUCCGCGUCCCUCCAGAGCUGCGUCCGUAUCCCCCAAUCCCAUGAUCUCCCACCCCGGUCGGAGCCUGGCUUGGCCCUGGGGACGCCUCGCUGGAAUGUCACCACCACGGGGGUUCGGCCCCCGCCGCGGCGCUGCGGGAUUCCCCCGUUCCCGCAGCGUCCAGCACGGAGGGGACGGCACGCCGAGCCCCCGAGGCGCCGCUGCCGGGCGCUGGGCUGGACUGGGAGGGACUGGGACGCUGGGAUGGGCUGGCUGGCAGCACGUGAGCGGGCGCCACGGGAUUUGCCUCCACGCAGCAGCCUAAUUAUCCCGCAGAGCAGGUCGGCCGGCGUGCUGGGAAGGCGCUGGCGGAGCGGCGGCCGCGGGAGCGGUUUCGAGGACUCCACCCUGUCCACAGCCACUACCCUUGAGUAUAUCCCCACCUCAGCAGGCGAUCCCAAAUUCCAGAGGCCCCGCACGCUCGUGCGCCAGCAAAGUCUGCAGCAGCCCCUGAGCCAGCACCAGCGCGCCAACCACAGCCAGCCCACCACCAGCCAGAGCCUGGGCCACCUCCAGGCCCACAGCGGCUCCUCCGCCGCCGCCGCCAACUCCCGGGGCUCCCGCGGCGGCCCAGCGCGCCAGGGCACCGCCGCCGGCUCCAAGCAACGGAUGGCCGGGGGCAGGAGCCGCUCCAACCCCGGCAGCUGGGACCACGUGGUGGGGCAAAUCCGCAACCGCGGCUUGGACAUGAAGUCCUUCCUGGAAGGCCGGAUGGUGGUGCUAUCCCUGGUUUUGGGACUCUCAGAGCAAGAUGACUUUGCCAAUAUUCCCGACCUGCAACCCGCUGGGACGCAGCCGAACCAGGCGAACGCUCAGGGGGACAAGAGGUUGCCGGCCGGUGGGAAGGCUGGGAAUGCGGCACCGGCACCGGGGCAGCCGCCACACGAUGAGUCCGACCGCAAGACGGAGCCGCACUCCUCCGUCUCCGACCUGGUCAACUCCCUGACCAGCGAGAUGCUCAUGCUAUCCCCGGGCUCCGAGGAUGACGAGGGCCACGAAGGCGUCAGCCGGGAGAACCUGGGCCGCAUCCAGUUCAGCGUCGGCUACAACUUCCAGGAGUCCACCCUGACCGUGAAGAUCAUGAAGGCGCAGGAGCUGCCGGCCAAGGACUUCAGCGGCACCAGCGACCCCUUCGUCAAGAUCUACCUGCUCCCCGACAAGAAGCACAAGCUGGAGACCAAGGUCAAGAGGAAGAACCUCAACCCGCACUGGAACGAGACCUUCCUCUUCGAAGGGUUCCCCUAUGAGAAGGUGGUGCAGCGGGUGCUGUACCUCCAGGUCCUGGACUACGACCGCUUCAGCCGCAACGAUCCCAUUGGAGAGGUGUCCAUCCCGCUCAACAAGGUGGACCUGACCCAGAUGCAGACCUUCUGGAAGGACCUGAAGCCCUGCAGCGAUGGCAGCGGAAGCCGUGGGGAGCUGCUGCUGUCGCUGUGCUACAAUCCCUCAGCCAAUUCCAUCGUGGUGAACAUCAUCAAGGCGCGGAACCUCAAAGCCAUGGACAUCGGGGGCACCUCAGACCCCUACGUGAAGGUGUGGCUGAUGUACAAGGACAAGCGGGUGGAGAAGAAGAAGACGGUGGUGAUGAAGAGGUGCCUGAACCCCGUCUUCAACGAGUCCUUCGCCUUCGACAUCCCCACGGAGCGGCUGCGCGAGACCACCAUCGUCAUCACCGUCAUGGACAAGGACAGGCUGAGCCGCAAUGACGUCAUUGGCAAGAUUUACCUGUCCUGGAAGAGCGGUCCCGGCGAGGUGAAGCACUGGAAGGACAUGAUCGCCCGCCCGCGGCAGGCGGUGGCACAGUGGCACCAGCUGAAGGCCUGAGCGCCCCCGGACCGCGGGCUCGGGGUCCCCCUUCCCAGCUCCCAGCCCCUUCCCGCGGCGUUCCCGGCCAGGGACCGGCGGGACAGCGGCCUGGCUCGCGGGAACCCUGCGGGAGGACGGGGACGGAGCCCCCCCGAGCCCCCGGGCGGGUUCGCCUCUCCCCG